AUGCCUGUUUUAAGAAACAGAGAACAAGUCGCCCAACCAGCCCGUUAUCAACCCUAUAGUAACGGCCGUUUAGAACAUGGACGGAGAAAUGAAAUUCGCCGUCAAAGGGAGCGUCGACAAAGAGAACGACAAGAAGAAAUUGACAAUGUCCAGACGGCCAAAGGAUUCAAGGAAAAGCACAAGGCAAACUGUCAAAGUCAACAAGUAAACUCCUGGAAAAUCGUCGAGUUUCUUCUUCCUGCUCUUCUAUUUUCAAUUAUCAAAGGUGGCCGAACCAUCGUUUCCGAGAUGAUUGGGCACACAAAACAAGCAGCAAUCGCAGCGAUACGUCACCGGCUUGAUGAUCACAACUGGGACUACACGCCUCAAUAUACAUUCGACGAAUUGCAACAUGAGAGAUUUCUUCGCACUUCUAGGCAAUAUCUUCGACGAAGGAUUUCAAAUUUUCAACAAGACUCAACUUUUGCCCUUCAUUAUCUCGACCGCACAAAGCUCAUGAUGAACGAGGGCGAUCUUGGAAAGCAACUUGCAAUAUUGAUCAACCCCGAUAUCUUUCACGACGUCAACGAGCAAGCUGUUCUUUUCAAGCUGGACGAACUGUGGUUUAACCACGUCUGCAAGGCCGUCUUCGCCGACUUCUACUGCUGCAAGUGCGGCUUUUUGAUGCUGGACGAGCCCGAGCUACUCAAGCACAUGCUGGACAAACAUCGAAAAGAUGUCAAGGCUGCGGUAAGAAAUAACGACGACGAAGCUGAUCGACUGAUGCGAGAGGCUGUUCACGCGUCCUCUAAGAAGAUCCAGAUCCAGGAAUACUUCCGCGAUAACCAUGCUAGAUUCGCACGAGCAAGCAGCUACACCAUCACCCUCCACUCCUGGAUCAAUGGCGACCAAGUCGACGACAUUUAA